GUCUUGCAGAAGAAUCGUCCUUAGGUUUUCGAGAAUUGGUUUGAUGGAUAUCGGCCGGCCAGCAUCAUCAUCAUCGUCGUCGUCGGCCUUACGAUCACCAGGUAAAGUAGCCUAUAUCUGUGUAUGCACCAUUGAUAAGUAUGAGUGGUACGCGUUUGACGUCUCCGAUGACAUCAAACACAACCAAACUCCUCCUCCUGCUAAAUAUAUUAACUACCCUGUUCCUUUUCACGAUGACGAUGAGUCCGGAGUGGUAAAUCUCAAACCCCAAGUCACUGCAAACAUGGAUUGGAUUCUUGGCUGGGAGAUUUUGGGCUUCAAGAAAUUGUAUAUUCUUGAUGAUUGGAAGGGACCAUUGGCUUCCGGAGAAAGCAAUCGAGUGGAUCGUAUUGACGUUAGCCGUAUUAGUUUCUACCCGUGGGAAUGGGAGCCCGUUCAAAAUAUGCCUAAUCAGAUAACUGCAUCAGCGCACACCUGCGUUCUCGGCGGCAAGUUUUAUUGCUUGGGGGGUGGUCAUAGCUCUCAAAAGGUGGAGUCCGUGAGGAAGUCACAGUUGGCCAUGACCUACUACCUGAGCUUAAAAGCAGGGACCUCCCCACCUCCCCCUCCAUGCCUUGACCUUGACAAAAUAUUGUCAGCCUUUAAAGAGGUCCACAAGCCAUAUUUGCCCUCUCAAAACUUGGAGUUGGAGGGGCAGUCACCGAACUCUGAAACAGAGCGUUACGUUCACAAACAAUUGUCCUCAGCAAUCGAAGUGGCAAUCUCAAAGCGUUACCUUUUGGAAAAAACCAUUUACAUGCUCUACUUUGACAACAAUUAUUCUUCUCUGUAUAGCUACAUAUUCUUCGUUCAACAAAAAUACUAUAUUGAAAAAUUAUUUUACCAUAACUGUGUUCGCCAAAAAUACUUUCACAAAAAAUUGAUCUCAGCAAUGAAAUAUGCUCAGCCAUGUUCGUUGUCACUGAAUUAUCCUGUUAUGGAUUACUUUCUAAAAGCAAUCUCAUUAGUUGAAGAAUUCUUCAGACCAUCAGUUGAAGAAUAUGAACAAAUCCUCAAGACAUCAGUUGAAGAAUUCCACAUCCCAUCAGUUGAAGAAUUCCACAAGCCAUUAGUUGAAUUUGUAGAAUUCCACAAUAAAUCAUUUGAAGAAUUUGAAUGGGUUGAAGAAUUCCACAAGGCAUUAAUUGAAGGAUUUGAAAAAUUCGUCAAGCUAUCAACUAAAGAAUUUAAAGACAAGCCAUCAGUUGAAGAAUUCCACAAGCCAUCAGUUGAAGAAUUCCACAUGUUACCAGUUGAAAAAUUCCUCAGGCCACAGUUGCCAUCGGUUGAAGAAUUUUUCAAGCCACGUUUUCCCUCUCAAAACAUGCAGUUGGAGUUGGAGAGGCAGUCACCGUGGAUCAUGGCUUAUGACAUGAGGCAAAAGAAAUGGGAGUCUCUGCUUGAUCCUCCAUAUCUUCCCAUUAAGAUUGACAAUAUAUUCACAGCUGCCAGAGAGUUCCCCAAUCAAUGUUUUGUGGUGGGUUUGCCUGAGGAUUGCGUCCUCCAAAUCUACCAUGUAAAUACCCAACAGUGGGAAGUACAAGAGUUCAAAAUAUGCCCCAAGUUUGGCCCAAAAGUGUUAACUGGGCCAGCUUUGUCUGUUGACAGUAAGCUUUAUUGGUAUUCAGUUGAUGAUCACUGCCUAGUUGGAUAUGAUUUAGUGACAAAAAUGUGGUUCGUGGGCAAUUUCCCUAUCCAUGACCAUGGAGAGCGUUUUGGAGUGCUAGAUGUUGACACUCCUCCACACUUGGCUCAUCUAGGUGGCGACAACUUUUGCUUGUUGUGGGUUUCUGUGUUGCAGCACAAGAGUAUGAAGAGUUCGGAGUCCAAGGAUAAUUGUAUUUCUCGCCUUCACUGUAUGAAGCUUCGAGUUACCACAGGAAACCUUCACCCAGAGAGUGGAAUUAUUUCCUUGGAGGUCUCUAUCUGGUCUUGUCAAUCUUACUUAGCUUCUGGGUUAAAGUUUUUUCGUGGUGGCUUGGUGGUGUAAGCAUCUUUAUAAU